GUGUUCACCUUAAACUAUUUUUUCAAGACAGGGUUUCUCUGUAGUUCUUUAGAGCCUGUCCUGGAACUAUCUCUUUUAGACCAGGCUGGCCUCAAACUCACAGAGACCCACCUGCCUCUGCCUCCCGAGUGCUGGGAUUAAAGGUGUGCGCCACCACUGCCCGGCUCACCUUAAACUUCGUUGUUGCUGUUUUUUUUUCCGACUCACGUUUUAAGAAUUUUUUUUUAAAAAAAAAACUUUUUUAUUUUACAUACCAAUCCCUGUGCUCCCUCCCUCCCCUCCUGCUCCCACCACCUUCUCCCCACCUCAGCCCCAGACACCCCUCAGGAUGGGUAAGGCCUCCAUGGGGAGUCAACAAAGUCUGCCAUAUCACAGUGAGGCAGGACCUAUCUAGGGGUAGGAAGGAAUCCCUCCAUAGGGAACGGACUCCAAAAAGUCAGUUCAUGUUCUAGAGAUAAAUCGUGAAAAAAAAAAUUAAUGUCCAACAUGGGUUUUAAGUUAAAAUUCUCCCUUCCCCUAAACUGAAAAAUGUUCCCCUUCCAGCUCCAUGCACACCCCUCGUCCUUAUCUUCUUUCUAUGUUUACGCCACCAGUUAACAGCACUAACAUCAUAUGAUACUUAAAUCUUGUGAAUGGAGUAAGUUUUCCUCACUAGAACACUCCCCAUAUGACUGGUCCAUCACUUCAUCCCGUAUUAUCCCAUAGUGUGGGUACAAAUGCAUUACUGCAUUUUCAGUUGAGGCCACCAUCAUCUCCUACCUCUAUUAUUGCAACAAGCUCUUACCUGUGUCCAGUUUUUUUAAUAUAUAAUUCCUUCCUAGUUUAAUCUCAACUCCGAAAUACAUUUAUCUUUCAAAAAAUAAAACCUGGAUUAUAUUACUUUUCUGUUCAGAAAACUUCAACGUUCUUGCAUUUCCACUGACAUGCCUUAUAAAGUCUUUGCUUGCUUUUCCAGUGUCAGCUUUUACCAAACUCCUCUUGUUCUGUGCAGUUGCCAUGAUCUUAUUUCAGUUCCUUUGGAACCUGCCUUUCAUUUUAGAUUUGCAGUAUCACGUUUUUACAUUCCUAAAGAUCCAGGGAUUCGCAUGUGCUCUCUUAGCACUGAGCUAGGCCUCCAGCCCAGCCAAAUGUAAUUUUUGUUUAGAUUACUUCCACUUAUUUCUCAUGUAUCAGUUUAAAAUAUACUUUCCCCAGGAAAGCCUUUUAUCCGCCUCCAAACUGUAGUUAGUUGAUCCUCUUCUAUGAUCUUAUAUUAGCACGAGCCUUCCUCAUCAAGACAGACAUUAUGCUUCAUGUUAAGUGUUCAUUUCUUUCUUUCUCCCCUUUGCAUAGCUGAAAUAGCUUCGGCCUGAUUAUCAUUCACUCCCUAAUACUUACCACAUUACUAGCUCAAGUACAUACCUAAUAAACAGUCACUGAGCAAAUCAGAGAAUACAUAAAUAAAAUACUUGGAACCAUGCCUUUGGAAGCCCUGAAUGUGCAAAUUAGCAAAGUCCUGUUUCACAGUUUUUUGAUGUCAGAAUCUGGACACAUCAUACUCUAUUCUAUACUGAGUAUGUACUUUCUACUGCAGCCAAGAAAGUCUCCUGUGAGAAUUCCUAUGGAAACGGUACCAUUUACCUAACCCAAAGUAUCCAAGUUCCCCAAACAACCAUUUAAUUUUGCACAUACCAGACCCAACUUCAAGUGCAUAAACAACCCUUCCAGCCUUUUCUGAGAGCAUCUAAUAAUGACUAGGAGAGAUCGCUAGGCUGUUAUUUUCAACUUUCCUAAGAAUCUCUUGCUCAUCUUUGUAAAGUCAUUGACAUGGGAGCCCUUUGAAUUAUCUUUAGUUUUACAGUUGUCUUUAAGGAGAGACCAGGAACUGUUUGAAACAAGGAUUCUAUUUCAAACCAUUUCACCAGCACAGCUCUAUCGGAGAGUGAUUUAUUGUGUUACUCACAAGAGCUACAACUCAGAAAUGGAAAUGGGAAUAAAGAAGAACAUAUAAUUUAGGUUUGUUAACCAAUAAAUUCAAUAAAUUAGUAUAUUGUCUCAAACUUAUUUGGCCUUGUCGAAUCCUGACACAGUCACAUGGUGGCGCUGCAGGAUAAGAUGGGAAACAGUUUCCUAACUGCAGCUCAGUUUUCCCUUAACCAGCGGAAGUGAAAGCACCGGAUGAAACAGCACGCCGGCAUUCUAAAAAGAUCGAGCACUUACAAGACCCUCCUGAAAGGACUGCACAUCUACAAAUUCCCAAAGGUUUAGAUGAGCAAAACUGCCCUCUGAGCUGCCAGAGGCUGAGCUGAAAGAGAACAGCAGAAAAGCAUCUUGUCUGAGCGAUGAUGGAGCCAGGAGUGAGGAGGGCCGUUCAGCAUAUAAGGCAAGUGCUGCUUUAUUUUGUUUUCCUAGAAGGGUCCUUGGCUCUUUCCGAGACCUGGAGCUAUUCUGUGGCAGAAGAAAUGGAGACCGGCUCCUUUGUAGCCAAUGUAAUGAAAGAUAUGGGUGUGGGAGACCUGGCUGCGCGAGGAGCCAGAGUUAUAUUUGAUGACUAUCAGCCUUAUUUGCGGUUAGAACCUGAGACCGGCAACUUGCUCUUGAAUGAAAAGCUGGACAGGGAGGCACUCUGUGGUACCAGUGAACCCUGUAUAUUGCAUUUCCAGGUGUUAUUGGAAAAUCCUUUGCAAUUUUUUCAGGCUGAGCUUUUGGUUGAAGACAUAAAUGACCAUACUCCCACGUUCCUAGAGAAACUCAUAUUUCUAAAUAUCUCAGAAGGUGCUAGUCCAGGAAGCUCAUUCCAGAUGGCUAGUGCUCAGGACUUAGAUGUAGGAAUGAAUGGUGUCCAAAAUUAUACAAUAAACCCUAACCCCUAUUUCUACCUUAAGUUAAAAGACAAUGGUAAGGGAAGAAAAUACCCAGAGUUGGUACUGGAUGGAUCUCUGGACAGAGAAAAGGAGCCUUCAAUUAGUUUAAUACUAACAGCCCUGGAUGGUGGCUCCCUGCCCAGGUCAGCGACGGCAGUGAUUCAAGUUCUGGUGGUAGAUGUCAAUGACAAUGCCCCUGAGUUUGAAAGAACGCUGUAUGAGGUUCAAGUACCAGAGAACAGCCCUGUGGACUCACUGGUGACCAAGGUGUCGGCUACAGAUCUGGACACAGGGGUAAAUGGAGAAAUAUCUUACUCAUUUUCUCAUGUCUCUGGAGAUGUACGGAAAACAUUCAGAAUCCAUCCAGUUUCUGGUGAAGUCCAUUUGAAAGCACCACUAGAUUUUGAGGUAAUUCAGUCUUAUACAAUAAAUGUUCAAGCUGUUGACGGUGGGAGUCUCUCCGGAAAAUCAGCCAUUAUUGUUCAAGUUAUAGACGUGAAUGACAACCCGCCAGAAUUAGUCUUUACGUCUCUUAUGAGCCUCAUUCCCGAAAACUGCCUGUCAGAAAUGGUAGUCGCUGUUUUCAGUGUGAGAGACCAAGACUCGGGAGACAAUGGCCGAAUGCUGUGCUCAAUUCAAGACAACCUUCCUUUUCUCUUGAAACCUACUUUCAAAAAUUUCUACACUCUAGUAACAGAGAAUACACUGGACAGAGAGAGCAGAACUGAGUACAACAUCACCAUCACAGUCACCGACAUGGGCACACCCAGGCUCACAGCCCAGCACACCAUAACAGUGCAGGUGUCUGACGUCAACGACAACGCCCCCGCCUUCACACAAAGCUCCUACAACUUGUUUGUCCAGGAGAACAACAGCCCCGCCCUGCACAUAGGCACCAUCAGCGCCACAGACUCAGACUCAGGCUCCAAUGCCCACAUCACCUACUCGCUGCUGCCCACCCACGACCCGCAGCUGGAUCUCUCCUCUCUCAUCUCCAUCAAUGCCGACAAUGGGCAGCUGUUCGUCCUCAGGGCGCUGGACUACGAGGCCCUGAAGACCUUAGAGUUCCGCGUGGGCGCCACAGACCAAGGCUCGCCUGCGCUCAGUAGCCAGGCACUAGUGCGGGUCCACGUGCUGGACGCCAACGACAAUGCGCCCUUCGUGCUCUACCCGCUGCAGAACGCCUCUGCACCCUGCACAGAGCUCCUGCACAGAGCAGCGGAACCCGGCUACCUGGUCACCAAGGUGGUGGCGGUGGACAGUGACUCGGGCCAGAACGCCUGGUUGUCGUUCCAGCUGCUGAAGGCCACGGAGCCUGGACUGUUCAGCGUGUGGGCUCACAAUGGCGAGGUGCGCACCUCCAGGCUGCUGAGUGAGCGCGAUGCGCCCAAGCACAGGCUGCUGCUGCUGGUCAAGGACAAUGGCGAUCCUCCGCGGUCUGCCAGUGUCACUCUGCAUGUGCUGCUGGUGGAUGGCUUCUCUCAGCCCUUCCUGCCUCUACCGGAGGUGGCGCGCGACCCCGCCCAAGAUGAGGAUGAGCUCACGCUAUACCUGGUCAUUGCCUUGGCAUCUGUGUCUUCGCUCUUCCUCUUGUCUGUGCUUCUGUUCGUGGGAGUGAGGCUGUGCAGGAGAUCCAGGGCGUCCUCUCUGGGUGGCUGCUCUGUGCCUGAGGGACACUUUCCUGGCCACCUGGUAGAUGUCAGCGGCGCGGGGACCCUGUCCCAGAGCCUCCAGUAUGAGGUUUGUCUGACCGGAGACUCUCAGAGUAAUGAGUUCAGAUUCAUGAAGCCGGUGUUUACCAAUAUUCUAAACCAAAACUCUGAUGGGCCAUCAGAAGAUUAUCCACCCUUCCCGAGUAUUUUAGGCAUGUGAAACUUCACGUUUCACUUGCUGUGUAAUUAAUUCUCUUUUGAUUUAGCAUUUUCUUUUUAAAUUUGGUAGUAAUGUUUAAUUGUAUUUGUUUUUAUUUCUCUGCUAGUUUAAGGAAUGUUAUCGUUUGUUUACUAGCUUGUUAACUGUGUGGGUAUUUUUCCAGUUCUGUUGUUACUGAACGUUUUACAUCAGGGCAGUUAGUGUUCCUGAUUGAAUUUGCCAUACUUUCUCUCAAAGGAUGUGAAUCUCUUCUAGUGAGCACAAGAGAACAGAUUAAUUUAUAGAGUGCUUGUGCAGUUUGUUGGAGGCCUUAGGUUGGAUCACCCUGUAAUCCCAGCAUUUGGAGGUGCAGGCAGGCUAUCAGAAAUUCAAGGUCAUUUACUACAUAGAGAAUUCAAGCUCAGCCUGGGCUAUAUGAUGAACAUGGCAUAUUAAUUCUCAAAAAAUAAAAAUACAUUCCUGAAGGUGUGACACCACAGAAGAAUAUAUGAUUUCUUUUAAAUCAUACUUUAUGGUGCUGGAGAGAUGGCUCAGUGUUUAAGAGAACUGCCUGCUUAUCUAAAGGUCCUGAGUUCAAUUCCCAGCAACCACAUGGUGGCUCACAACCAUCUGUAAUGAGAUCUGAUGCCCUCUUCUGGCCUGCAAGCAUGAAUGUAGGCAGAAUACUGUAUACACAAUAAAUAAAUAAAUCUUUAAAAAUAUAUAAAUAAAUCAUACUUCAUUUUAAAAUUGAAAGUCCAUAGGUUUUUGUUUGCUUGGUUUUUUUUUUUUGGUGUUACUAAGAGUUCAGUCGCCUCCUUUGUGUUAUUUUUGGAAGAAGUUCAUAUUCAUUAAUACCAACUGUCUUUCAGAUCCUCUGUUUAUGUUUUCAUUUCUCCAAUAGGAAGUAGCAAGGUAAUUUCAAGUUUUUUAAUGUUCACUGUAAAUAUCAUCUCAUAAAAAAAUGUAUCCGUAUUUCCUCUUCUUUCUUGUCUAAAUUAAUACAGAAAAGAGUAAAGCCUCCCUGUUAUCUUUACUUGAUGGGAGCCCUUGGCAUGCUGCACCCAACGUCUGUGGUGAGGAAGUUUCUGUAAAAUCAAUAGAUUCCAGGAACAAUGAUGUAUUUCUUGCUGUUAUCACUUAUAGUGAGGAUAUCUUGAUGUAAACCCCCAAUUCUGGGCUCAGGUUACCUUCUGGUGGUAUAACAUUGCCAGUAUCUACUUGCUUUGGAUGAUGACAAUGUUGGAAUAACAAAUCUUCUGGUCUGCCCUAUCACCUGGGUACCCAAUCGCUUUAAGAGACAAGUCCUGCCCACUCCCAAUCUCAGCCUUCCUUGAGAGGCAAGGGAAUCUCAAGCCUUCUCCCCCUCCCCUCUCCUCUGUCCCUUCUUCUGAAAAGGCAGCUUUUGCAGCUCCUUCCUCCCUUCUUUCUUCUCUUUCUCUGUUCCCCCUCCUUUCUUUCUUUUUCCUCCCUGCUUAACUCCUUAUCCUUAUACCCUUCCCAAUACCUACUAAAUAAACUCUAUAUCCAAGCUCUCUCUGCAUGCUGUAUCUGUCUGUCUGUCUCCCACCCACCUCAGUCUGCCACCCACCAGGAGGCCUGCCAGGGUUGUGCAGCCAUGAAUCAUAACAGACAUGGCUCUGACUGAUAAGAAAUUUGGAACAAACUGUAUUAUAGAAUUAGCAUUAUUUUGUCAAACAAUUUUUAGUAAUGCAUAUGUUGAUGGUGUGUUGAAUGAUUUGGAGAAAUAGUAAAAAAAAAAAUGAUGACCUCAAAGCUGUUCAUACUGAUUCCUAGAACCUAUCAGUAUUACUUUACAUUGUAAAGACAAAAUACAAAUGAAAUUAAGGUUGCCAAUAAACUAAACUUAAAAUAGGGAGUAUAUCCUAAAUCAUUUGGGAGGCAGAGUUAGUAAGAGUUCAAGGCCAGCCUUGACUAGUGAGACCCUGUUUUGCUAGGAUAGCCAGAGUUGCACAGUGAGACCCUGUUUUGCUAGGAUAGCCAGAGUUGCACAGUGAGAUUCUGUUUUGCUAGGAUAGCUAGAGGUGCACAGUGAGACCCUGUUCUGCCCAAGGGGGGGGGGCAGAAUAAGAAAUUUUCUAAGGGCUAUAGAUGUGGUUCACUAUUUCAACCUGCCAUACAGAUUUUGAACUUCCUAGCAAAUUCCCACAGUAGAAUAAGUCACUUACUUGUGAUAUGUUUUCUAAAGUCUCUAUCUCUCUGGUUGAAACCUGACUGAUACAAAUUUUGGUACCUAGACUAGGAUGAAGUUGAUGGAAUGACUUAAAAUAUGGAAGUGGGGCCAGCAGUGGUGACACACACCUUUUAAUCCCAGCACUUGUGAGCCAGAGAAAGCAAGAUCUCUAGGUAGCCUGUAGUCUGGUCUACAGGGUGAGUUCCAGGACAGUCAGGGCAACAAAGAGAAACCCUGCCUCAAAAAAAAACCAUAUGUAUUUAUGGAAGUGAAUUUUAAACUGGGCUGUGGUCAGGGGACAGAUGAAAUUGCAGAUACAGAAUAGAAAAGGUUCAGAUUGCUCUGUACAGACUUGGUAGAAAUGUGACAAGUAUGUUUAGUGAAGGCGCAAAAGGAACUGAGGAGCUUGGUGCUUGUAGAACAUGUUGGCACAUGGAACUUAUAAAUCCUUUAAAGGAAACUAUGAAGAGAAAUAUAGACAUUAAAGUUACUAUUAGAAAGGGCCCAGGCAGGGAGAACAUUUUGAAAGCUAAAGGAAAAUUAAUACUUUUAUUCUUAUAUAGUAGCAGAACCCUUAGCUGCAUUGUGGCGUACAUUAUAUGAAGAAAAUCAUUCAUUCAUUUGGAUGUUUGGCUAAGGAAAUUUCCAGGGAAAGAGUUGGAAGUACAGCCUGAUUUCUUCUUGCUGUUUAUAGUAAAAUAUGAGAUGGACGACUGGAGGAAAUUUUCUUCCUAAUUGCUUUGUAACGUAUGUUAAAAUCAGGAGAUUCGCUGCCAGACACGCUUGCAUUGGAGAGAAAGUCACAGGUACAACUGGGAAAGCUUUCACUAGUGCUGAGAAAUUCCAGCAUAGGCUCUUUAAAGGGGCAAACAGAUUUUCUAUUAACACGCUUUUAAUGAUUUUUCCCUCGUGUACCGAGAAAGCUAUGUGACACAGACUGCAGAGAUCACAGGUACCACACCCUCUGGCUGACAGAACUUUCGAAAGUUGGUCUCAUCUUUCCAGUCUCCAGUUCCCCUGGUAAUAGGUUAGAAAAAAAGAAAGUAUUAUUUUCUUCAGACUACAGUCAUUAACAGCCAAUGAGUAGGAGUCGUUCCUGACACUUGGCAGCACUGAUAAAUUUCAAAAUAAUGUUGAUUUGAAUAUAAAAUGGGAAAAAGAAGUUUGUUGCUGGCACAUUUAGAUUUGGUCUAGCUCUCGAUUUUUCCACAUGGCCUACUUGGGUUAAUCCCAGCAGUCUUCUCAUGUGCUGAGAUGUUUGGAAGUAGGCCCAGAGAUUCAAACUUAUUAGGUCAGCUCAUUCAAGUUUCCAUUGUCUCACAAAUUGUCUGGCAAUUGCUUCUUCCUCUUCUAUAUAACGAAGUGCUGUGUGAAGUAUUUGUGAUACUUUGAAUGAAAAUUUGUCUCCUAUCGCCUCCGAUAUUUGAAUACUUGGUCUCUGGUUGGUGAAGCUCUUUGGGGAGACAUUGUGGGGCUGCUGGAGAAAGUACCCACUGGGUUGGGCUUCAGGAGUUCAUAGCACUGCACCCCAUCCAGUUUUCUCUCUCCACUUGGUGUUUGUGGCUGAAGAUUUGAUCUGUCAGCUUUUUGCUCUGGAUCCCUACUUCUAUAGCACCCCCAACCAUUAUGGUCUCUCUCUGGGAACAUAAACAAAAAUAAACUUUCUUCCCACAGUCUCAUUUGGUUAUGGAAUUCAAUCACAGCAGCUGAAGAGUAACUCACAAAGUUUUUGUUAUCUUCCUUUUAUGUUUAUGAAUUUGAUAUAAUUUAGUAUUAAAAUAAUCCAUGGGUGAUUUUUUCCUUUGGGAAGACUGCAUUGCAAUCUCAACUUUUUAUCUCAAAAUUUAUACAAGUCAUGAAGUAUUUGAAAGACAUGACUUAUAAUAUUAAUUUUAUCUUUUGAUGUAUUUAGGCUAUACAGUGAUGUUCUUCUUUUUAUUCUAGAUAUUGGUAAUAGGUUUUUUCUCCUCUCUUCUUAACAUAAGUAUUAAUAUGAGAGUAUCACCGUCAUUGAAUUUUUUUUAAAAAUAAACACCAUUCCCUUUGAUAUAUUCCCUGUUUCUUUUUAUUUCCUAUUCCAACGAAUUCUCCUAUUAUGCUAUAAUUUUUCAUAUCUCCUUUGGGUUUACCUUUCUCUUUUGCUAGCUUUCUUAUUUACUCUAUGCCUUACUUUUCAAAUUUAAAUCAAAACACAUAAAAUACGAAGAGGUUGUAUAUUUUCUCUGUGGGGUACUUAUGUUUUAAUGAAUAUUCUAUUUGGAUUUGUCAUUUCUAUCUUCUUCAACAGGUCGGUAAAUUAUAAGUGUAUUUCUUGAUUUCAAAGUACUUUUGGAAUACUAUUUUAAUACUCCCCAAUUUUUUAUUUGAGGAUAUAUUCUGUGUAACUGUAGUCCUUGAAAAAUGAUUGAAUUAUUUUAUGUCACUAACAGCCAAACAGCAGUAGUGGUUCUGGAGCAUAUUAUCAAACCUCCCAUCUACAUUUGGAAGAAAUAGAUGUUGUGUUGUGGUGAUAUUUUGUUUGUGCUAUAACAAAUAAAGCUUACCUGGAGAUCAGAGUGCAGAGUUACCUACUAGUUAGCCAUAGAAACCAGGCGGUGGUGCACACACCUUUGAUCCCAGCACUCCGGAGGCAAAGGCAGGUUGAUCUCUGUGAGUUCAAGGCCACCUGGGACACACAGGAUUGUUCCAGUCUUAAAUAAAAACAGCCAGGGCAGUGGUAGCUCACACCUUACGUGGGGGUUGCAUGCCUUUAAUCCCAGCACUAGGAAAAUUGAGACAGGAUGGGAUAUGACUGGGUGGAGAAAGGAAUAUAAGGUGGGAGGAGACAGAAGCUCACUGCAUUCAGUCUGAAGAUUCCUAGAGAUAGGAUCACCAAUUUGGUCUGAGGACUCAGUAAGGUAAGAACUAGUGGCUGGCUGCACUGCUCCUCUGAUCUUCAGGCAAGCAUUGUUUAUUAUAGUACAAACAAAAUAUCACCUCAUUCUGUAGUUUGUCAGAAUGAAGAUUUAUAAAUAUUAGCUAAAAGUUGUUUCAUAUGUUUUGAUGUUAUUUAUGCAUGAUUUCCUUUGUGCUUAAUAAUCUACUAAAAGAAUGUGUUAAUGUAUUCAAGUAUGAUAGUGUAUUUAUUUGUCCAUCUCUCUGCUCAAGUCUACCAUUUUUUAAGCCUUAUCACUUUGAAUCUGUUAUUUAAUUCACACGGGUAGGGUUUUUUGUUGUUGUUUGUUUUGUUUUAGUGUGAUGAGUUCGCAUUUGUCAUUGUGAAAUGUAUCUCUUUUGUAUUAUAGUAAACAUUUGUCUGAUGAACACA